AAAUUAUUUCUAAUUUUAUUUCUGCUUGCAAAAAAGAAGAGUGGCAUAAACAAUUCCAAGAAUCUCAAAGUACGGUCGUAUAUGGCAUCCUCUUAACAGAAUCUCAGGUCCGUACGUUUCCAUCGUAUCAGUUCGUUCCGUCCCAUCUUCGCUUCUCUAAGAUCUCAUCUGCUUUCAAUUUCCAUCUCUCUUGGAUCACCGGCUCAACCCGACAGGCUUCAAGAUAGCAAAGACAUAUUUCUGUAACGAUUUUUUCCAUCAUUCUUGAUUCUCGUGAAUUGCUUCAAUGGCAUCGGGUUCUCACAAAGGCAGUGGUUACUACGGUGCUGCACCUUACCGAUCAAGAGAAGGAUUAAGCACAAGACAGGUAGGAGGUUCGGAUGAAAUACAGCUGCGUAUUGAUCCAGUGCAUGUAGAUUUGGAUGAUGAGAUCACUGGUCUUCGAAAACAAGUGAAACAGCUUAAAAAUGUUGCUCAGGAGAUUGAAUCAGAAGCUAAAUUCCAGAAUGACUUUAUUAGCCAGCUGCAAAUGACAUUGAUCAAAGCUCAAGCCGGGGUGAAAAACAAUAUGAGAAGGCUUAAUAGGAGUAUCAUCCAGGAAGGAUCGUACCACGUGACACACGUUGUUCUCUUUGCACUGCUUUGUUUCUUUGUGAUCUACUUGUUGACGAAGCUAUCACGACGAUAGGAGUUGUCCUGUUUCUUGUAACGUUAUAGUUUGUCUGAAUGUGCAGCUCUAAAACUCUUAUAGUGGGUCAAUAGCAGAUAUAUACGUGUAAAAGUGUAAAACACUUUGCACAUUUGAGUGUGGUAACCUCAAUACAUAUUCUGGUUACACAUUUGCAAUGGAAGGACAUGUUAUUAUUCAGACAUGAACUGUGGAAGUGUGGAACAAGAAAAGAAGUGAUGUAUAUUUUCAGUUCUAACCAAGGGCUUUUUGCUCCAAAAGUAGAUGUCCUGGCUAUAACAAUGAGUUAGAGAGUAUCAUUUUAGUACAACAAUGUCGCAUAGUGGAUGUAAGGCUGGACAUAGUUUUGGGAUAGAACCAGAAUCGAUCUGCG